AUGGCCGCCUCCUCCGCGCGGCCCACCGUGCUGGUCCUGACCGCGCUGGUACUGCUCCUGCUGCUGUGCCUGGGCCCAGGUGGCAUAAGUGGGAAUAAACUCAAGGUGCUGCUUCAAAAGCGGGAAGCACCUGCUCCGGCUAAGACUAAAGUAGCAGUGGACGAGAGCAAGGCCAAAGAAUUCUUGAACAGCCUGAGGCGCCAGAAACGGCAGUUGUGGGACCGGACUCGGCCCGAGGUCCAGCAGUGGUACCAGCAGUUCCUCUACAUGGGUUUCGACGAAGCGAAAUUUGAGGAUGACAUCACUUAUUGGCUAAACCGAGGUCGGAAUGGGCACGACUACUAUGAUUACUACCAGCGUCACUAUGACGAGGAUGCAGCGGUUGGUCCCCAGAGUCCCCACAGCUUCAGGCACGGAGCCAGCGUCAACUACGAUGACUACUGACCAUCGCUCUGUGCUCCGUGCACCAGCCCCGGAAGUGACCCCUUCCCUGCCUCGCACCAUGUGGCUUCUGCUGGGCUUGACUUCAGCAGAUCUUUUCUACCCCCUUUCUGCGACCAGGAAGGAAGAGUUAAAGCAAAUAUCAAUGCCUUUUGAUAUUUCAUGCAAGAAUCUAACAGUGCCUUCCAUUAAAAAAUAGAAAUAAAAGCAUUUUGUU